AUGGGCGAUAUACAAAGUAGAAAAAGUCAUUCGAACGAUGCCGAAGGCAAUGUCGAACCUUUCGGCAAUGAAGAGAAUCUCAACGCUGAUCUUCAAACUCCAAACUCAUCUCUGAGCACCACUCAAGCUCUCCAAAGGAAACGAAGUUUCAAUCCGGUACGAUCGCUGUCGAGAAUGUCACGCGAAAGAUCGGUACGUUUUCGUGAUGAGUUCUUCAUUCCUCACUCAAAUUUUUUCCUGUAG